GGGACGCGUACGCGUUUUGAUGGAUCUGUGUGCACAUAUUGUGACGACAUCCAGUGGACUCCUCCACGCCAUAUGCAUCGCAUCAUCUAUGCCGACGAGCGAACUGUCCGAUGCCCUCAACCCGCAUGCAGCUCAUUCCAGACCUAGAAUCCAUGCUGCGAAUAGUGCCCAGACAUCUACACCCACGUCCACUCCGACCUUGUCUAAUCAGUCUUCACCGCAACUUCGAAGUGAGCUUGAACAUGCAAUAAGCGAACCAGUGCCGCAGCCAAGGUGCUCUGACAGCAGUGCAAGAGCUAGUUGCGUUGGUCGCGUCAACUCGACAGGCCCAUGAUCUUGAACGGACGCGUCGCCUCGCUUGGGAGCAGGAGCAGGAGGCGAAAUACGUUCAAAGACAAGUGGAGAUGGAGAGUAAACUGCUUGAAAUGCGGAACGAGAUCUCCCAGCUGAAGGCACAUCUGAGCCCGAACCGCUCUCCUCUGUUUUCCGUCGCUGUAGAGGUCCCGCCAACCAUUCCUACGCGACCUCGAAUUCAGUCUCAAAUCCAACAGUCUUCCCCGGUCUCUCCUCACGCGAUGUCUUCCCAUCCGGCACAGUUUGUACAAGGCUCUUCGCGCCAGCAUCUGCUCGGCAAUGCCACACACUCUCCCUCGGCGACAGCUUCCCCCAAUUAUCCCUCUCCACUUUCGUUUGAGCCUGUUACUCCAGACCUCCCUCCGAUGCUCGCAACCUUAUCGUCCAGCACUCAUCACACCCAGGAACAUCGGCCUCGCGGGAGAAAACGGUCCCGUGCCGAAUGCAGCAGUGAAGAUGAUCGCGAUGCUGGAAGCUCGUCAUCGCGCUCGCGAUCUAGACCAAGGCGACUAGACCAUAGAGAUAAGCGUAUUCUUACCAUUCACCGUGCCAUGCGAGAACACUUUCUUCUUCUCAUGGAGAUGGCUGACGACAAGAACCUCCCUGACGGGCAUCAAGAAGGAGACCACCUGGAACCCUCAGACCCUGUUCGAUUUGUAUGGGAUAAAACAAGCAAGCAGUCGGCUCACAAUGGCCGGAUGAAAGCACGCAUUACAGACGACAUCAGGGAACGUCGGCGGAUGUAUAAGCAUGUCCCUGAACGAGAAUUCAACAAGAAGGUCGUAGACGCUGCGUUCGAGCAAGCGUUCACAACUUUCCGUCAGAAGUUCCGAGCUCAGCGUGAUGUGGAUGCUGCUAUGAGGCUGAAGGACCGAGAGGAUGCCAAGGCCAGAAAAGCGAGGCACCUCCAUCGACGAAACACGAAAUUGAGCAACCGUGCGAAUGCGCGGCUAAAGCUAAACGAUUUCCAUGAUACGACCUAUGACGCGGCAAUGCAAGUGGAGUGCAUGUCUUCCGAAGAGUCGGACUUUGACGGUGACCCUGGCGGACCACGGAGUUCUGGCCCUCUCACCGCGCGGGGCUAUGCCUGGCGUAGUGCACGAUUGUUACGCUUUUACGAACUCCUGGACGCCGAAGACGCCGCCGAUGCCGAGAAUCGCCCGAAGCGUGGGGCUGGCCGACGUGAGCGGUACACCGGACCUCAUAAAGAAGAUUCUCCGCUUCCUCCUAAAGGAAUUUCCCGCUGGAUGAUCAGCAAGCAUUGGCUUGCAAACACCCGCGAAUCGAAUGCUGAUAUCGAUGAUGUUCUCAAAUCUCUGGUCUCCGAUGACCGAGAAAUCGAGACGGAUGUGUUGGGUGUAGAUUCUGAUGAAGAGAGGGACGAAGGGGGUGUACCACCGACUGUCGGUAACUCUCGCGAAACAAUUGCUGAGCCCUCAGAACUACGUCAGCAAGCUCCUCCGCCCAAUCAUUUCAGUACUUCUUCCCUUAGUUCUGCGCUUGUGUAGCUAAUUCGACUGCGGCCAUGUCAAAUGUCGUGUCAUUUUAUCUGAUAAGAUUCGUCAGCCCGUGGCAACCCGCGUAAGCCUCCAAUGUCAUCACCUGUACUUAUACUCUGAGAUCCGCCCAAUGCUUGUACCGAACUUGUCCCUCACCGUCGUCUUCGUCGUCGCCCUAAGAUUUUGUCUGCCGGAUCUAUACAUAUUGCUCUCAUGACUUUGAACAAACCCAACGUUGUCGUGGUCGGCGGCAGCUAUGUCGGCUUGAAGUUCGUUGAUUUGAUCGCGGCAGAGGUUUCUGAAACGCACAACACGAUACUCAUAGAGAAGAAUUCACACUUCGAGCACCUCUUUGCAUUCCCUAGAAUCAGCAUUGUGCCUGGAUUUGCGCACAAAGCAUAUAUCCCUUACACCAGCGCGUUCCACGCCUCGCCCUCCGGCUCCACCUCCGUAGUGCAUGGUGUCGUCGCCCAGGUUCUCCCCGAUAGAGUCGUGCUGGAUUCAGGGGACUCGAUACCGUACGAAUAUCUGGUCAUCGCGACAGGAACAGGACUGUAUCCGGCGCGUGCACACAACAAGGCAGAGGAGGUGGAGUUCCAGGAAGCUUUGCAAAGACGCGUGAAAGACGCGUCUGAGGUUGUGGUCAUCGGCGGAGGCGCUUCUGGAAUCCAGACUGCGACGGAUGCAAAAGAAUUCUAUCCCUCCAAAAACAUUACACUCGUGCAUUCGCGCGACCAGUUGAUGAAUCGGUUCCAUCCUGAAUUGCAUUCGCUCGUCUCGAAAAAGCUCGAAUCAUUAGGAGUCAAAGUCGUACUAGGCCAACGGGUCGAGCUACCCGCUUCUGGCCGAUAUCCGGUGACAGGUCCUUCUUACAGUAUUGGACUGGCGGAUGGAACGCAAUUGCACGCUGAUGUCGCCAUUUCGUGCACAGGCGCGGUUCCCAUGAGCUCUCUGAUCACAUCACUCUCGCCUGAUCUCAUUGAUGAGUACAAAUACAUCCGUGUGAAGCCCACGAUGCAGGUCCAGGAUGAGAGGUUUCCAAACGUCUUUGCUGUGGGUGACGUUGCUGGGACCGGCGCAAACAAGAAUGCGCGAUCUGCCUUUGGACAAAUCGAAGUCGCUGUCAAGAACAUCAAAUCAUUGAUCGCUGGCGAAGCUGCGACAGCUGAAUACGUGGCUGGUCCUUUUGGAAUACACAUGACCACAGGCUUGUGGUCCUGGAUUCUCUUCAGAGACCCCACAGGCCCCGAUCAGCAGCCGCAUGUUGACCUGCAGGAUACAUCCAACUUCAUAGGGACGCCAGAGGAAACUGGAAAAUUGCAAAUGGGCUGUGGAAGACUUUGGGAAGCGAGAGCACCUCGAUUGGCCGAUUAUCAUCUAUAGAAUGUAGUUCUAACGCGCUAAUACAAAUCACGCGUUAUCCGGACAUCUUUCACGUGAUCGCGACUCAAUUGAUGACACCUACCACAUACUCUGCUAAGUACUCCCAUGUCAGAAACUGGUAUGGUCUCUCCAACAUUAUAGGACACUGAUGGAGAGGUGUAGAACAGCCCAGAGUACCAAUGUUUCCCAGGCAUCGUCUAGCUUCCACCUUUCUAGGGCUCGAGAAUAUGUCGAACUUCAUGAUCAAGUGCAAACUAGCGUCAACCUCCUCGACUCGCUCGAAACGUUUCUAUCCACAUUCCAAAAAGACCUCUCCGCAGUGUCCGGGCAAAUAUCGGACCUGCAAGACCGGAGCAAGGAUAUAGAAAAUAGGCUCAAGAGCCGAAGGAAAAUAGAGAAACCACUUUCGAAUCUCAUCACAGACAUCAUCAUCCCACCACAUCUUGCCGCGCUCAUUCUGGAUUCGGAAGUGGGAGAGCACUGGAUACUGGGCAUCGAGGAGUUUGAAAGACGGCUGGAGACAGCGAAGCACCGCACGCGUGUCAAGGCCGCCCGCGAUCUUGGAGAAGUGAUCGAAGGAUUGAGGAUAGUGGCCGCGACAAAGCUUCGUGCCUUCUUCCUCGCAUUAUUCCAGCCCAUAAGAUCCAAUGUCACGACUAACAUGCAAGUCAUGCAGACAUCGGUUCUCAUCAAAUUUAGGCCACUGUUCGCGUUCCUCCAGCGGCAAGCACCAACAGUGGCGAAUGAGGUGCAGCGGUCCUACGUCGGCGCUGCGCGUCUGUACUAUGAGACCGGAUUUCGGAGAUACGCGAGAAGUUUGGGCUGGGUGAAGACCCGCACCCUAGAGAAACUAGAGACCAUAGUCGUGAGCGGGGACACAACGAGCGACCCCGAUCGGCUAGCGUAUGCCAAACUAGAAGGGCCUCCAGUCACACUCGCUUUCCUUGCAGACGACAAGAACUUUAAAGCACCUCUUGAAGCACUAGUGCGAUCGCUUCUUCUGGUCUUCAUGGAUAACUCUACAGCCGAGUACACGUUCAUCUCGACGUUCUUCACAUCUGAGCCGCUGUUCGACACGAAGGAAGAGACUGAAGCGCUUUCCCCAUGCUGCUAUCACCAGCGGUUGCCAGCAGGCGGUUGUCCGUCGCGGGUUCAGAGUUGGGUGGUCCGGCCCGCCACAGGCAUCGUGCGUCCAGUGUGAUCAGUGCGAAUGGGAUGCAAUCUUUGGCUUCACUCGCAGCUUCUGUCAAGGAGGAACAGGCUUCGAUGGACGCAAUUUGGAAGCAGAUCAUGGACCCUGUCACCGAGUACAUCCAAUCAUUUGUUGCGACUGCGCUCGAGCCCAUGCCACCUACUGUGCCGCUGCUGACCAUCAUCCGAUUGACGGAAUGCAUCAUGGAGGAAGUCCAGAAGCGCGGAUGUCCGCCGGCUGAAUCGUUUGUGUUCACACUGCGGUUGAAGAUGUGGCCGAUUUUCCAGAAAGAAAUGGCCGAUCAUGUUGAGGCUAUGAAGAGAUUAGCGGAAGGAGCAACCGCUGGUUACUUUAGCCGGGCUGUUGCGACUACCGACGCGUUAGUCGCCACCAUAAGCCAGCGGUACACGGCGAUGUUCAACUCAUUCGUGACCUUGACCGAUCAAGCCGAGGAGACGAUGAUCUUUUCCAAUCUGUUACGGCUGAGACAAGAGCUAUUAAGGCUGAUAGCUCGGCACACGGAGCAGAACCAGGACCCGAUCACCAAAGCCACUGCGCAAUCCGCCAUCUACGAGCAACUGUUGCAAGGCCUCAGCGGAGCAGCCAAUCUCGGCGCCCAUCCCAAGUCCCAGCAAGAGAUCGCGUUCUGGUCGAACCUCGACGAGGAGGCGCGACGGAAGAUUGCUUCGCGGAAUCAGCAGCGCACAGCAGGCGGCAAAUAGAGGAUGAUGAUGGCACAGCAUGUUUGGUAUUUGAUUAGUGGUAUUACAAUGCAUCAAGACAGAGCGCCCAUUAUUCUCUAUAAUCAUAUAUAUGCAUAACUCAGCACGCAGCCUUUUUACU